AUGGACACGAAUAGCAGUAAGAAGAGAAAGCGUCCCAAAGACAUUCCUUCGCAUACAAGGAUCCUGGCUGCCUGUGACGCAUGUCGCGUUAGCAAGACACGGUGCGACUCUGCUCGCCCGACAUGCGCGAAGUGCGCUGAGCGCGGCCUGAGCUGCAGAUAUCCUGAUAAAGAUCCUUUCUCCAUAUUCGAAACAUGGGGCAAGAAGAUCCUCAGCGCGGUGGAGGAACAGGGGCGCCUACUAGCCGCUCUCUCAGAUGGUGCCCGAAAUGGCCUCCAGCAGCAGCGUCCCGACCAGCUGGCUCGGCUGCUGGACAUGGACGGCGAGAAUUCGGAGACCAUGUCGCGAAAAGACACUCCCUGGACUCCAAUCACGGGCUCCGAUAUGAUUCUGAGCUGGUCCGUAUUCCCACAGGAGAGACCAGUCAGCACGUUUCCGUCGACGGAAUACGCCGAGAAGCCGAAGCCCUCUGAUCUUGUAGAAGUGUCGAACCCAUCUCCAGAGCGCAUGUUUGAGCUGCGGGACAUUUAUAUGAGCAAGAUCCAGGGAAAGAAUCCUAUUGUCGAUGCGGACCAGCUGGAUGCGCAUAUUGCACACGUCCUAGACAACGGCUUCGGUUGGUCAGCUACGUCGUGCCUAGUGCUCCUGGUGUUUGCUUUGGCAGCCGCUUGGGGCAACUAUCCCGACGAUGAGCGACGGACUGUGGAGACGGACGAGGAGCUGGAUCUCUAUCCCAGACAGCGAGUGACCAUGGCCGUGCCGGAUCAUCGGAUGAGGGAGUCUCUAAUGUACAUUGCCAUGGCGCAGAAGCGAAUGUCGACGGCCUACUUGGACGACUCGCUGCUCGGCGUCGUGUGUUUUUGCCUUUUUGGAAUGUGGUAUCAGUACAAUAUUGAGCCAAUACCUGGAUGGAAGAUGUUCAGAACGGCAUCUAUGAUGUGGGAGGCGUACAACCUGAAGCAUUCUGAUGGGAAGACGCAGCGGCCGAAGCAAGAAGAGAGUCUUGAACAGCGGCUAUACUGGACGUGCCUCAAGUCUGACGAAGUACGUCAUGAGCUCAACGGCCUUCCGCCGUGCACAUUGCAAGAGUCAUCAUUCCCCUACGCUCUACCUACUUUUCCUACCAUCGAAAGUUUCGAACAGAGCCCCGUGGAGGCACGCCACGAUGCCUUCACGGUACAUUCCACCACAUUGUCAUACUACUACUACCUUGCCGAGAUAUCCUUGCGGCGGCUGCUCAACCGCACACGCAGCGCCGCCACUGUUCUUUCACCAACCAUCGACUCCCUGACGGCCGCACAGCUGGCCGAGACGCUGCAGAAGCUCGAGGGCCAGCUGCAGCAGUGGCUUGACUGCCUGCCCCCAGCCCUCAGGUUCCAUAUCCCACCCGACUCCCGUCCGUCGCCAGAUGAGCCCGAGCUGGUGAAGCUGAUGCGCGAAAGAUAUGCCGAGGUGCGCGAGCUGCUGUGCCGGGCGUACCUGUACAUGUGCCUGCACGGCGGGAUGCGCCUGACGCGCUCUCAGGCUGAGACAUUUGGUGCGCACGCUUCUCUCGGUCUCCGGCUAAGCGUCUACCGGAUCCAGACGGAAAACCCCUUCUUCCGGCAUCCAGGAUCGUGGGGAGCGUGCCGGGUACGAUUCAAUCACGCGCUGUGCCUGAUUGCGGCGUACCGGGGCAAGCAGGCGGGCGUCGAGUCUGCGGUGCACGUCUUAGUUCCACCCAUGUGGCGAGAGUGUGUCGACAUGGUACAGGAGAGACUGGAGACAUGGGGGGAUCAGGGAGGAGGGAUUCGGGAGCUGGGUGUGCUGCUUGACUGGCUGAAGAAGACGUGA